AUGAUUUGGUUCGGAGAUGUAUUGGUAGCAGCAACGUAUCCAAACAACUCCAUUAAUGCCCCCACUUCCAAAUCGGCUGUGCCAGUGCCAGUGCCAGCGCCAGCUCCAGCUCCAAAUCAGGUCCCAGAAGGACAGUGGUCUACAGGCCUCUGGGAUUGUUCGGAAGAUCCCUCUAACUGUUUCAUCACGUGCUUCUGCCCAUGCAUCACACUGGGGCGGGUCGCGGAGAUUAUCGAUAGAGGGACUCCAUCGUGCAGGGUGUCUGGCCUAAUCUACUACGCGCUUGGGUCGGUUGGUUGUGGAUGGCUCUUCGCUGGUACCUACAGGUCCAAAUUGCGGGCAAUGUUUUCACUGCCAGAGGCUCCAUGUGGGGAUUUGCUGGUUCAUUGCUGCUGCUGUGUAUGUGCUCUGUGUCAAGAGUACAGAGAACUCAAGAACCGAGGUGCUGAUCCCUCAAUAGGUUGGCAAGCCAAUGUGGAAAAGUGGGAUGGGGUUGGACUCAAGGUGCCCCCAAUUGCUGCACCAGGCAUGGCUCGUUGAGCAUCUGCCGAGCCCGAGCUGAGCAUAAGUGGAAUCAGGAUUCAAUAAGUGGGGCUCUCACAUGUUGUUUGUUUUAUUUGUAUCAUUUGUCCAUGCAUGCCUCUCUCUCUCAUAC